AUGCAACUCUCCUCAGAACUGUUUAUUUAUCUGGUAUUCCUCCUCGUUUGGACCAGCGGGCUUCCGAUCCCAAACGACAGCAAGAGCAACAUUGCGCCCUUUGGGUUAGCUCCCCUCGCUUACAGCCGUCGGGGACUCUCGCCUCCUAAUGACCAGGGUUCAGCGGCUGGAGACAGCCAUGUUGGUCGGCCACAAGCUUGGGGAGGAACCCCGGCAAACACAUCGAUUUGCAUUUACCCUGCCGUAUGGUCUGGCAAAAUGUGGUUGGUUAUGGCCUCCGUUGCCAUGAUGUUGGUAGCUCUUUACGGCGUUUUGGCAUUUGUUAUGUGGGGUAUCAUGAGUGUUGAUAUACCAAGAUUGACGGUAUGGAACCGGACCGGUGACAAACGACGCAGAACGUUUGCUGGCAAGGUACUGAAAGUUCGAAACCGACCGGAUUGGAUGCUUGUUUCCCUGGUAGUUGUGUCCGUGGCCAUUGCGGAAGUCCUACCAUUCUUCUGGAGCCACUUGCUCAAGACCGGUAGUCGCUUUUCAUACCUUACGACCAAUAUAGUAAUUAUGGUUAGCCAGGUAGGACCUACGUUCGUCAUGCCUGUAUUCCACCUAGAGAUUUCAGGCCGAUUUACGUGGUUUGUUCGCUUGGUCAUGUGGCUUUCUGCACCAGUAACUGUGCUCCCGGCCUACGCACUACGACGACUAAGGCAAUGGAGGAGACGCGGCCGACCGGUCCACAUGGACGGACUCCUACCUCUAAACGAGCUGAUGGAAUUUAUACGUCUCCACGAACAAGGUCAAGGGUAUGGAGGGAUGCUUGACGAUCAUGUGGGAAAGGAAAUGAGAAAUCUAUUAGAAAGACAAAUCUCUAGAGAAACGUCCAGCACUCAUGUCGAAACAGAAGGGCUCCGGUCGAAUCAGUUCACUGAGAGUAUUGGAUCAACAAGUGUUCAAUCGCUGUACCAAGAAGGGUUAACGGCCCGUGAAACUGAGAGUACCCGUGGGCUGACUAGCAUUCGAUCGCACGGCCAAGAAGGCUCAACAGCCCCUGAAGCUGAGAGUCCCCGUGGGCCAACCAGCAUUCGAUCGCACGGCCAAGAAGGCUCAACGGCCGUUGAAGAUGUACAUGCGCCAGGGCUCAGGAGGCGUGGAGAACGGAGCACCGAGGGUUACGAACCGGUUGUUUCUACGGUGCCCAUGCAGAUACCGGAACAAGCCCUACUAAAGGACCCCGUUCACAGACCACCGACCCUUGUCAACAAUAGAUAUGUGGAACCAGGUGCUUUGAAUGGACGGCCACUCCAGCGAGAUUUCCCCCUUCAAUCCCUCAGCAAUUCGGUCACCCCCCGCAAACAUAGGCUUCCUAUGAUGGAAUCGUACCAAAGGGAUCGAAAGAGUAGUGGUCUUGUCACAGACAGCUUUCUACUUGAGCAGGGAUAG